GUAAUUCUGUCGGUGUAACUACAUUUUAACGCGCAUUUAAACAGGCUCGCUUUUUCAAGCUCAUUUAUCCGUGUUAUGAGUUUAUUUGUCCAACUGUUGUAAAAUUGGGUGUGUCUUGAAGCGGGUUUGCUGUUAUGAAUGAAACUGGUGUGCUAAGCUAGUUGGCUAAUGUUAAAUUCAAAUUUGUUUAAUAUUAAAUGUUCGAUCAGUUUUAUUGAUUCACAUUCAGUUUGUGCUCAUACGUUUUUUUUUUUUUUUUUUUUUUUUAAAUCAUACUUUAAUACUACAACGUUAUACUGUUUAUAUAUUUUUUUAUACUUGAUACUAUACUAUACUUGCACUAAACUGAAAUAACGUUUUUAAUGUCUUAAUACCGGGUUUCAUUACGACAAUUAUAGGUGAAUGAAUGGCUUAGUUGGCCUCGAAUACAAGCUGUGUUAAUUAUAUAUUUAUAUAUGAUUUACAUAAGUCAUGCUUGGCCUGUAUGUUACUUAUCUGCUGCUCAGUCUGUUUAUUAUUUCUUUAAUGUUGAAAUCAGGACUGACACUAGCGUAAGUCUUUGUGGAACAAGAUAAUCCUCACCCAAACACCCUGGCUCUUCCUUGUAUUGAUGGAUGUUAUCGUCCCAAACAAGAAAAUGAAUUUAUCCAUACAGUUCUUGAGGAGCUGGAAAGCUUUCAGCAGAGAAAUGACCAGAAAAGUGUCCUGCUUUUCCCACCUCUCCCGACCCGACUUCGUUUUCUGACUCACAAAACUGCUGAAAACCACCCUAACCUCAGCACCUUCUCUGUGGGCGAGUGCUGGGCCCGUAGGGUCGUAGUGUGCUAUUCCAAUGUCAGGUUGGAUUCACAAGAGGAUAGUAGCAACACAGAGGGCAGUUCUCAUGUUCGAACAAACAGUCGGGGCAGGAAAAUGGAGGACAAAGGCAACAGUCGACCAAAGGAGCCCAGAUCCAAGAAGAGACGAGGAGACAGACGGCCAGACAAGCCUAUUUAUGUUCCACUGGCUAUGAGACAGAAGGGGUCUGAAAACUCAACAGAUCUGGAGCAGCAGAAUCUGAACCCAUCAUCAGAGGAUACCAGAUCUGACAUCGUGGACGGACCACUUGUAACCAAUGAAAAGCCAGGGGAGGAUAGUAAUCACCAAUCAUUGGAUGAUGAGGAGUUUGUGCUGCUUUCAAGGUCUGAACCUUCUCCGUGGCCUCCUGACUGGGACAGGACAGUGUCUGCGAUCAUGUCUUUGACAUUAGAUGACCAAGCAGAUGAAGAUUGUUGUGACAACACGGAUGCAACGAUCGAGCCACAGAGCAGUUGUGAAACUGAAAAAUUGUACUCCGAGAUCAAAGCCAACCUGAAACAUGGGGACAUCAUCAUAAAGAACACUUGCAAUGAUUACAUGGGCUACACAAAUAUCUGGAUCAAUCAAGAGGAGUUUGCACAUGUUAUUGAGAUCUACGACUUUCCUGCCAUGUUUAAAACAGAUGACCUCCUCGAUGCCUUUGCCAGCUGCAGUGAGGGAGGAAUGAAGAUCAAGUGGGUGGAUAACACUCAUGCACUCGGCAUAUUUUCAAGUCAAUCUGCAGCUACACAAGCUCUCUUUCUUAAGCAUCCAUUACUAAAAGUAUGCACUCUCUCAGAAGGAAGCCAGAAAGCAAAGUGGAAAGCAAUCAGACGAGCAGAGUUUAUUCAGCCGGUGAAAGAGAGGCCACGUACAGACACAGUGGUAGCUCGCAGGAUGGUGACCAGAGCACUGGGUUUGAGAGGAGGCUCAAGGGGGAAAUGCUUCUGACUCUCAGUGAAACACCUUUCUCUUGACAGAAUUCUCUUCAUCAUUAACUUUAGCAACUACUACACCACCAAACCUGAAAGCAAACCUGACCAUUAAAUGUCAAAAACAACAGCCUGUAAUUUCCCAUUCCCCCAGAUAUAUAUAUAU